AUGGCCACGUGGCGCCUCCGCCGCGCCGGCGCCGCCCUAGCUGCCUCCUCCGCCCUCGCCGCCGCUCUCGCCGCCUCAUCCGCGUCCGCCUCCGACCCCUCCGCCGCCGCCCUCGACGCAGCAAGGCAGCGCGUUGCGCAGCCGGGGGCCGCGCCGCCCCCGAGAGACGCGCAGCGUGCGGCGCUGGCAGGGUCCACCCCCGCUGAGCCCCUAGACGUGCUCGUCGUUGGCGGUGGCGCCACCGGAUGCGGCGUCGCACUCGAUGCCGCUACCCGCGGGCUCCGGGUAGGCCUCGUGGAGCGCGAGGACUUCUCUUCUGGAACCUCCUCCCGAUCCACCAAACUCAUCCAUGGCGGUGUGCGCUACUUGGAGAAGGCAGUGUUCAAUCUUGAUUACGGGCAGCUGAAACUUGUUUUUCAUGCACUUAAGGAACGCAAGCAAGUUAUUGAGAAUGCUCCCCAUUUGUGCCAUGCUUUGCCAUGCAUGACUCCUUGCUUUAACUGGUUUGAGGUUGUAUACUACUGGUUUGGUUUGAAGUUUUAUGAUCUUGUUGCUGGAAGAAGGCUACUACAUUUGUCACGAUAUUAUUCUGUAGAUGAAUCAGUUGAGCUUUUCCCAACCCUUGCAAAAAAUGUCCAUGAUCGUAGCCUAAGAGGAACAGUUGUGUACUAUGAUGGUCAAAUGAAUGACUCUCGGCUGAAUGUGGGGUUGGCAUGCACUGCUGCAGUUGUUGGUGCAGCUGUUCUCAAUUAUGCUGAAGUGGUCUCCCUCAUUAAGGACGGAUCGGGAGAGAGAAUCAUUGGUGCACGCAUUCGUGACACACUAUCAGGUAAGGAGUUUGAAACCUUUGCAAAGGUGAUUGUUAAUGCAGCUGGACCAUUCUGUGACUCUGUGAGGAAGAUGGCUAACAGUAACGUAGCACCUAUGAUCUGUCCUAGUAGUGGAGUGCACAUUGUACUUCCUGAUUACUACUCCCCUGAAGGGAUGGGGCUAAUUGUCCCUAAAACCAAGGAUGGCAGAGUUGUAUUUAUGUUACCAUGGUUAGGAAGGACCGUUGCGGGAACAACUGAUUCUAGCACAGCAAUAACAAUGCUUCCUGAACCACAUGAGGAUGAAAUACAGUUCAUAUUGGAUGCAAUCUCUGACUAUCUUAAUGUUCAGGUAAGGCGUUCAGAUGUUCUUUCUGCCUGGAGUGGUAUACGUCCUUUGGCUACGGAUCCAUCAGCAAAGAAUACUGAGAGUAUUUCUCGAGAUCAUGUUGUAUUUGAAGACUACCCCGGGCUAAUAACAAUUACUGGUGGAAAAUGGACAACCUAUAGGAGUAUGGCUGAAGAUGCUGUAAAUGCAGCAGUCAGGUCUGGGAAUUUGAAACCAGCUAAUGGUUGUGUGACCGAUAAUUUGCAUAUUGUUGGUGGAUAUGGAUGGGAUCCUGCUUCUUUUACAGUUCUUGCUCAGAAUUAUAAGCGAAUGAAAAAGACAUAUGGUGGCAAGGUUAUUCCAGGUGCAAUGGACAGUGCUGUAUCGAAACAUUUGUCACAUGCAUAUGGAACUUUGGCUGAACAAGUGGCUACUAUUGCCCAGAACGAAGGCUUGGGAAAGGGCCUUGCUCAUGGAUACCCAUUUUUGGAAGCUGAAGUAGCAUACUGUGCUCGUUAUGAAUACUGUGAAUCUGCUGUGGACUUUGUUGCAAGGAGAUGCCGGCUUGCUUUCCUUGACACAGAUGCUGCUGGUAGAGCAUUGCCCCGAACCAUUGAAAUUUUAGCUUCAGAGCACAAGUGGGACAAGGCAAGGAAGAAGGUGGAGCUGCAGAAGGGUAGAGAGUUCUUGGAAACAUUCAAGUCAUCUAAGAACGCCCAAUUCCGUGAUGGGAAACAUAAUGGACCAUGA